AUGGGGAAAAGGCGGUUCUCAGGGUUGGAGGUGUCCCUGAUGGUCCUGUUCACACUGAUGUCCGUGGCGGCCAUCACUGUCAUUGUUCUGUACUUCACAGAAGUGCCCGAAGUAUUCGUUCCUCAGUGUCCCAACAUUACUCUGGGUGAAAGAGUAGACUGUUUCCCUGAAGCAGGCGCCUCAAAGCAACUAUGUGAGCAGCGUGGCUGCUGCUGGAGCCCACUGGACGAGAGAAAUGCUCCCUGGUGUUUCUUCUCAACCAACCACGGGUACACACUGGAAACAGUGGAGCAACUGAAUGAUUAUGAAACAAAAGCUACGCUGAAGAGAAUCAAUUCUCCUUCUUUAUUUGGGGACGAUAUACAAGAACUGCUACUUCAUGCGGAAAUGCAGACACACAAUCGACUCCACUUUAAGAUCUCUGAUCCCAACACCAAGAGGUUUGAGGUCCCCCAUGAGCACGUCAAAGGGCUCAAAUCUGAAGCAUCAAGCCCCAUCCUUAACACGCUGGAGAUAAAAAAACAGCCCUUUGGCCUCGUUGUGCGCAGGAAUGACAGCCAAAAAGUCCUGUUUGACACUACAAUGGGCCCACUGGUGUUUGCAAACCAGUACCUACAGCUGUCUGCUAGGCUUCCAUCCCAUAAUAUUUAUGGCCUGGGAGAGCAUGUGCAUAAACAGUAUCGCCAUGACAUGAACUGGAAAACAUGGCCCAUCUUCGCCAGAGACGCUUUCCCUAAUGGGGGAGGCCAUAACCUCUAUGGACAUUACCCCUUCUUCCUCUGUCUGGAAGAUGACAGUGGAAAGUCAUUCGGGGUCUUCCUCAUGAACAGCAACGCUAUGGACGUGGUUUUGCAGCCUGCACCUGCUGUGACCUUCAGGACAAUUGGAGGAGUCCUUGACUUCUACAUUUUAUUUGGCAACACACCAGAACAAGUGGUGCAGGAGUUCCUGACGCUCAUCGGCAGGCCUGCCAUUCCUCCCUACUGGUCACUGGGUUUCCAGCUUUCUCGGUGGAACUACGGCAACCUGAGUGUGGUCAAGGAAACGGUGGAGAGGAACCGUGCUGUGAACCUCCCAUAUGAUGUUCAGUAUACUGACAUUGACUACAUGGAGGAAAAGAAAGAUUUCACUUAUGACAAAGAGGAAUUCAGCGAGCUGCCUCAAUUUGCCGACUACCUUCAUGAGAGGGGACAGAAAUACAUCCUCAUCCUGGAUCCUGCAAUAGCUACUAACCAGUCAUAUGGCCCCUAUCUAAAUGGGACUAAGAGGGACGCCUGGGUUACUGUAUCAGACGGGGUAACUCCACUGAUAGGAGAGGUGUGGCCAGGACAGACUGUAUUCCCAGACUACACCAGCCAAAACGGCAAAGACUGGUGGGCUGAUGAGUACGAGAGCUUCUACAAGGAGAUCAAACACGAUGCCCUUUGGAUUGACAUGAAUGAAAUUUCUAAUUUCUUGAGAGGCUCAAAAACUGGCUGUGCUGAUAACCCACUCAACUACCCUCCCUACACGCCAAAGAUUCUGGACGAGGUGAUGUACAGUAAGACUCUGUGUAUGGACGCAAAGCAGGGCUGGGGGUACCACUAUGAUGUCCACAGUCUGUACGGCUACUCUAUGGUGCUGGCUACUGACGAAGCCCUGCGGCGGGUGUUUGGAACAAAACGCACCCUGAUGCUGACCCGCUCCUCCUUCCCAGGUGUGGGAAAAUAUUCGGGUCACUGGCUGGGGGACAACGCUGCCAACUGGAAUGACAUAAAAUGGGCCAUCCCUGGCAUGCUGGAGUUUGGACUCUUUGGGAUUCCCUAUAUUGGAGCCGACAUCUGUGGAUUCUUUGAUGACUCCAGUGAAGAGUUAUGUCGUCGCUGGAUGCAGGUGGGAGCUUUCUACCCCUUCAGCCGGAACCACAACGCUGAGGGCUUCACGCCCCAGGAUCCUGCUUACUAUGGAGCCGACUCACUGCUGGUGGCGAGCUCGAAACAUUACCUGAACAUACGUUACACACUUCUGCCUUACCUCUACACACUCUUCUACAAAGCCAACACCGUUGGAGAGACUGUUGUACGUCCCGUCAUGCACGAGUUCUACUCUGACAACAAAACCUGGACAGUGGACCGCCAGUUCCUCUGGGGAAAACAUCUGCUCAUCACACCUGUACUGGACCAGGGCGUGGACAAGGUGUCUGCAUAUAUCCCAGACGCUGUGUGGUACGACUAUGAGACGAUGGAACGAUUCCCAGUCCGCGGACAGCUUUAUGAAAUGAAUCUACCAGCUGACAAGCUCGGUUUACACAUCAGAGGUGGGGCCAUCCUCCCCACACAGAAACCUAAUGUCACCACCACAUACAGUCGUGUUAAUCCAAUGGGUUUGAUCAUUGCUCUUGAUGACUACGGCAUGGCAGCUGGGGAGCUAUUCUGGGAUGAUGGAGAUUCCACAGACACAGUUCAAAAAGGGACAUUCAUCCACUACACCUUCUCCGUUGUCUCUGGAAAACUGACGAUGCAAGUGACCCAUGCUGGCUACAAAGACCCGAACAACCUGAUGUUUGACAGCAUUACUAUCCUCGGUGUCUCUGACGUCAUCGUCUCUGUCUCUGUGACACAUGUUUCUAAUGGAACUAAUUCAGGUGCCACAAUUUUGCCUCGAGCCAACGUACAGCACAAUGAAAGCAAGCAGGUUCUAAUCCUUCAAGGCCUUUCCCUGACUCUGGGGGAGAGCUAUGUGGUGCAGUGGGAAGUGCAGACGAUGGAGACUCUGUACCAGCGCAUUGACUGCUAUCCAGAGGGGAGGGAAAAUGAGGCUGCGUGCAAGGCCAGAGGCUGCCUCUGGCAGCCAUACCAAACAGGCGAAACUCCACAGUGCUUCUAUCCAGAAGACUACGGAUACACUUAUAGUAACAUUAAACCAACCCCCUCAGGCCUGUCAGCUGAUCUCACUCAGACAGCGAAGUACAGGAACAGUCCUUAUCCAGAUUCACCAAGCAUCGCCAAACUCAGGGUUGAGAUCUUUUACCUGAGCGGUGACAUGCUGCGGUUCAAGAUCUGGGACCCAGACACGGAUCGUUACGAGGUUCCAGUGCCGAUGACGGUUCCCGAUGCUCCUGAGACUAAUGAGGACAAAAGGCUUUACAAGGUCUCUAUUGUCAACAAACCAUUUGGAAUCAAGGUCACAAGGAAAAGCACAGGAACCACAAUUUGGGACUCCUCUUUGCCAGGUUUUACAUUCUCAGACAUGUUCAUCCAAGUGAGUACUCGACUGUCAUCCGAGUAUGUCUACGGCUUUGGAGAGACGGAGCAUCCCACCUAUAAACAUGACUUAAACUACCACACCUGGGGUAUGUUCGCCAAGGACCAGCCGCCUGGUUACAAGUUGAAUUGCUAUGGAGUGCAUCCCUUCUAUAUGGGCCUUGAGGACACUUCUGAUGCUCACGGUGUGCUGCUCCUGAACAGCAAUGCCAUGGAUGUGACUUUCCAGCCUGCUCCAUCUUUAACCUAUCGAACUGUGGGAGGCAUUCUGGAUUUCUACAUGUUCCUGGGACCUACGCCUGAAACAGUGGUGCAAACGUACACUUCACUGAUUGGACGACCUGUUCUACCUGCCUAUUGGUCCCUUGGGUUCCAGCUCUGUCGCUAUGGCUACGCCAAUGACACAGAGAUAAAUGAUCUAUACACAGGCAUGAGGGAAGCGGGCAUACCCUAUGAUGUGCAGUAUGCAGACAUUGACUACAUGGAGCGCCAGCUUGACUUUGUUCUGGACCCGGAGUUUAAAGGACUGCCUGCCCUGGUUGAUCGCAUGAGGGAAGAGGGCAUGAGGUUCAUCUUCAUUCUGGAUCCAGCCAUCUCAGGCAAUGAGACUGAUUACCCUGCCUUUGAGAGAGGAAUGGAAGCGGAUGUCUUCAUCAAAUGGCCCAAACACAUCAGUGAUGAAAUUGUGUGGGGGAAGGUCUGGCCAGAUUACCCCAAUGUCAUCGUAAAUGAAUCCCUGGACUGGGAUACCCAAGUGCAGAAAUACAGAGCGUACACCGCAUUCCCAGACUUCUUCCGCAAUGCAACGGCAUUGUGGUGGAAACGAGAAAUCCAGGACUUCUAUGAGAAUACCACAAAGUUUGAUGGCAUCUGGAUUGACAUGAAUGAGCCUGCCAGUUUUGUCCACGGAACAGUUGGGGGGAAUUGUCUUGGUAAUCCACUUCUGGAGAACCCUCCUUAUAUGCCAGCCCUGGACAAUAAACACCUUGGCUUAAACCAUAAGACUUUGUGCAUGAACAGCGAGCAGAUACUCAGCAAUGGAAUGAAAAUGAGACACUACGACGUGCACAACCUCUAUGGCUGGUCCCACAUCAAGCCCACCUAUGACGCCCUGCUGGAAGUGACAGGUAAAAGAGGCAUAGUGGUGACCAGGUCCACUUACCCCUCCAGUGGAAAAUGGGCUGGACACUGGCUCGGAGACAACAAUUCCAGCUGGGACCAGCUAUACAAAUCCAUUAUAGGCAUGAUGGAGUUCAGUCUGUUUGGCAUCUCUUACACCGGGGCAGACAUAUGUGGGUUCUUUAAUGAAGCAGAGUAUGAGAUGUGUCUUCGCUGGAUGCAGCUGGGUGCCUUCUAUCCAUACUCACGCAACCACAACGGCAAGGGUACUCGGAGACAAGAUCCCGUGUCUUGGAACGCCACCUUCACCGAUGCAUCCCGGGACGUCCUGAACAUCCGUUACACCCUCCUGCCCUACCUGUACACACUGAUGUAUGAGGCUCACACCAAAGGAAGCACCGUUGUCAGGCCAAUGUUGCAUGAGUUUGUGACAGAUAGAAAUACAUGGAACAUCUACAGGCAAUUCCUAUGGGGACCUGCUCUACUUAUCACCCCUGCUCUUGACCCGGGAGUCACGAGUGUGAAUGGCUACUUUCCUGAUGCACGCUGGUACAACUUUCACACGGCUGAAGAUAUUGGAGUGCGUGGCCAAAAUCAUUCGUUGGACACACCCCUGACCCAGAUUAACCUUCAUAUCAGAGGAGGAUACAUCUUACCCUGGCAGAAACCAGAAAACAACACAGCAGAGAGUCGGGGAAAUCCUUUAGGACUGAUCGUUGCCCUGAACGACAGCGGCAUGGCCGAAGGAUCAUUCUUCUGGGACGAUGGAGAAGGAAUCGACACAGUCGGGAAAGGAAAAUAUCUGCUGACCUCCUUUAAAGCAGAAUCGAACAAACUGUCCACUCAGGUCACCCACAAUGGCCUGGACUCCGCUGACAUGUUGAACCUGGGUGUGGUGAGGGUUUGGGGUGCAGGCAGUGUUGCCGUCACAAAGGCGUUCCUAGACGUUAAUGGAGUGCAGUAUGACCUGACCAUGCAGCACAACAACAAAACUCAGGAGCUGGUUAUAGAUGCUACUCCAAUAAAGGUUCCUGUGGCUCAAAAUUUUACACUGACAUGGACGACCGGUGUCUGA